GGCAUGUGGACAAUGGAGAUCGUACGCUGAUCGGGCCUGUGUCUCGCGCGUUUCAUCGGGAUAUUUCGCUCGUCGGCGUCUAGAGUCACGCGCGGGUACGCGGAACCGGUAGAUCGGCUCACGCGCUCGCGAGAUCGCCCGGCGGUCGUGAGGACUGCACCGAGUCGGCUCACGUGGCGUCUCUCGAUGAGUCCCGCGUUCGCAUUGCGAGUCUUCCCGCGUUCCUCCGAGAGCCCGUCGCGAGUCCUCGCGCCCCGCGGGUCUCCCAGGUCGUAGCGCGGCGGGAUGUAUCAUAAAAAGAUGAAGCUCAAUUUGCCGGGCAAGGGUAGGAGCAAGAGGAAGUUCCUCAACGGCGCGAGCCGCCCGGACCUGUCCAGUCUGCGCAAGCCGGUCGACGCGAGCGUGUCCGACCUGGGCCAGGUCUGCGACCUACUCGAGGACGGCACCGACGAGGUUAAAUCCUUGCUGUCGCACGAAUGCAACGUUAUAUACGAAUGCCGCGUCUGCCUCAGCUUGUUCAGGAGCAUCGUCAACCUGGUGUCCCACAAGAGGGAGUAUUGCAGGGAGAAGUGCGACGUCACGCUCCACAAGCGCGUCAACAACGCGCCGUUCGCCAGGGAGUCGAUAAUACACAUGUACAAGACGGACGAGCAGCCGUGCGACGAAGGCGUUAAGAACGAUAGAAUACUCAGGAGCCAAGUGCCCAAGGAGUCCAACAGAAAGGAUCUCACUGCGGUGAUAGAUAUGCUGAAGAGGCGGGAUGUACACGCGGAAGGGCAACAGGAGAGCGAAAACGCGACCCCUAACGUUCUGGCUGAUCGACGCGUCUAUCUGGAGGCCAUAGAUACAAAUUGUUCCGCGGUGUAUCAAACUGUUGACUCGUCGGACGCGGCGGUCGAGGCUAUAGAUUUAAUGAAGGAACAAAUAACAGAGUUGCAAGUUAUCGAGGAUCAGAAAGCCAUCGCUGUAGAGGGACAAGUGCCUGAACAUCAGUCGGAGAAAAGCGACAGUCCCAUUCAAGGGAAUAUGAGCGAUGAGGAGAACGAAUUGUUGAUAUACAGAUUGCCGAUGAAUAAUAACGAAUUGUCUUGCUCUAUAUGUAAAUUGGGGUUCGCGACGAGGAAGACGUUGACCUUCCACAUGAAAACGAUGCACUCGUCCAAACGUCUGUGCUACCCCUGUCCAUGCUGCUCAAGUGCAUUUGCAAAUACGUGGAGCGUCUACCGGCACUUGUGUAAAGUUCACAAAAAGACCAAUGACCAGGUACGUAAGUUAAGAUGGCAGAUUCAAGAGAAAGCAUUUCACCGGAAGACAACGAGCGGUACGAGAAGUGCUCGUGCAGCUAAAGAGUCUACCGUGAAAAAUGUGGAUAAUAGCGACGCAACUCAGGAACCAAUAAGCCAUGUGGAACCUGAUGCGAAGCCUUGCGGUAGAAAACGCGGAAGAAAAUCAAAAAGGAAGGCUUCGCCUACUCGUUUGCCGUGUUGCCAAGUGCCAGUCGCCGAGUGCGACGAGACAGCAACUGUCGAACAAUGUAAUAUAACCGAUGAUACACCGUGUAAAACAGAAGAUAUCAAAGUAGCCGAUAUAGUUGUAAAUUCCGACGAAGAAACAUCGAGCAAAAAUUCUGAGUAUAGAUCAUCUCCCGAAAGUUAUCACGAAACGUCUAUCCUCGUGCAAGACAUCUCUAGUCUUGGUGAAGAACAGUGGAAUAUACUAGGAACAUCGUGUAAAAAACCUGAUAUUACGCCACCAGAUGUUGACGACAGCUUAUUCCGACCUCUCGCUGAGAAUCAAGAUAACUUCAAGUCUGACGAAAAUUCCAAAUCAUCCGACGUCGUGUGCAUGGAUACGAGCGAAGUUAGUUCUGCCGCUUCGAAGAUGAGAAAUAAAAGAGAGCAAGCGUCGAAUUGUCACAACGGAAAGCGAUCGACCGAUUCGAAAGAGGGAGUUCAGACCGAAGUAGAGGAGGAUGAUUCCAAGUCGCAGUCUUCUUGUUCAACAUCGCCGAACAAUGGGAAUCAGACUAUGGAGAGUAAAAUAGCUGCCAUCGCCAACUUUCGGAAGCAACGGUGCCUUCAGUGCAAACGAAAAUUCACGUCCAUACCGAAUCUUCGGCGGCAUGUGGCAGUGCACGUUGAUUGGAACCGUUAUCGCUGCAAGUUGUGUGAUUUCAAGUGCUUCGCAAAAUGCGAUUGCGUUACGCAUUGCAAUAAAGUGCACAAUAUGCAAGUUCGCACGGCUAUAGCGGAAAUGGUACUCGAGAUUCCGCAGGACGAAGGUAAUGAGGACGUAACAAGUCCAAAGGUUAAUUCGGAUGACCCCGCUGCUGCGAUCGUCACGGAAGUAACAGCAGCGUCGUGUCAGCAGCAGACGCGUGUAGAUUGCAACGGCUUGGAUACACACGCUGUUUCGCAGAGCGAGGAGAACGAGCGAGAUGCGGAAUGUUGUGAUACCAAUGCGGGCGAUAGUGAUAAAACGGCGAGAGAACCAGAUCUGUUAGAUUGUAUAGCAAACUGUAGAAAAUUAGACGAUUGUCCUAAGCUUAAAGAGAUGGUCAUGAAGGUGAUAUUUGGCCCGAGCAUGGGCGCGAUCAAGGCUUCGAAGACGGAUUCCGAUAAGACUGUAGUAGAAACUAGCGAUGAUGCAGGUGGUCGUGUAGACGCGAACGAUAACGUAAAGAAUGCCGCAACCGUCGACGAAGCCAAAGAAGCGUGUUGUUCGGCAUUGAGCAAGGUGAAGCAUCAACGUCCCAUUCGCAACCGAAUAAAGCCUUUAAGCAACGAUUUUAUAUAUGACCUGAAAGAAGUGACGCAUCGGAAGGAAAGUGCCCUUAUCAACGAUUCUGAGACCGUACAUGUACGGAAGAAGGCGAAACUGUAUUAACUGAUAAAACUUGAUCCAUGAUAUAAUCGGUGAUGAUGUAACAACUGUGAUUAUCAUUCAAUAAUACAUUUUUAUAAUUUUCUAUUACACUAUACAUAUGUAUAUAAAUAUAUCUAAUAUAUUA